AUAAGAUUUUUUUCACAAAAUCUUUCAAAAUGAAGACAAUUUUAAUAUUGUGUGCAAUCAUUAAUGGAUAUCUUGCAUUGAAGAUAGAUGCUGAAACUUCAUGGAUUGGACAGGUGAUAGAGCAAAAGGUUAAGGAAUUUGUCAUGGUGGCACAAAAGGAAUCUGAGGAUAAAAUUACCAAACUGGAGGAACAUAUUCGUAAACAGGACAGAUACAUCAAAGGCCUUAAUGAAAAAUUGGAAAAACUUGCAAAAAAGCUUUUGGUUGACGAAAGGGAUGAUGAAGCCAAUGGGAAUAUGGGGACAAGUCCGAACAAUACAAAGAUUCUGAGUGAAGAAAAUCCCAAGGAAAGGCCAGACGUAAGGCGUCUUAUUAAACGCCAACCAGUGCUUGCGACUGAGAUUGCAUUUACCGCCCUGUUAAGCAGUUGCAUACAACAUCCAAGUGUUGGCCACACCUUCAUCUUUGACAUAGUAAAAACAAACAUUGGUCAUGUUGGUUCAGGUUAUAACAAAUAUAGUGGACACUUCAUGGCACCAGAGGAAGGCAUCUAUGUGUUCUCAUGGACAGUGGUGGCAGAUUUUCAUAGUUUUGUACGCUCCCAAAUAGUCAUUAAUGGUUGUGAGUUUUCCUAUAUUAUGACGGAUUCAGAUGAAAUCCAUGAUAUCCACAGCGCUUCAGGCCUCAUUACUGUUUACCUUAAUCACGGAGAUGACGUCUACAUCCGCACGCAUUCAACUAUUCCUGGACAUGGCAACGUUUGUAGCGGAGGGAUAUACGGAUUUACUUCUUUUUCAGGAUGGAAAAUUUAA